GCCGCCUCCCGCCGGUACCGAGCGGCUCGCGGGUGUCGGCGCUGCCCGGUUGCUGCCGCCGCCCUGGCCCCGCCUCCGCCGCCCGCGCCGGGACAUGGACUCCGACUCCUGCGCAUCCCCGUUCGCCCCGGAGGACUUCUCCCCCGCCGCCCGGCGGCGCCGAACCGUGGAGGACUUCAACAAGUUCUGCACCUUCGUCCUGGCCUACGCCGGGUACAUCCCGUACCCGCAGGAGGAAACGCCGCUGCGGAACAGCCCCAGCCCCCCCAACAGCACCGGAGGGACGAUUGACAGCGAUAGCUGGGAUCCCCGGUUCAAUGACAUCCCCUCCUCCGUGUCCCUGCCCGCGAAGAGCAGGAAGAACUUCAGUCAGCUGAAGCGAGCGAAACCCUACGGUUCCCUGUUCCAGCGGGCAAAACCCAGCAACUUCCUGCCCGAGCGAAAGCAAAUCGAUAAGAUCAGGAAGAAGAAGAAGCUGAAGAGGAGGGAAACGGAGGUGUCUGCAGAGGAGGACUACGAGGAGAAGCUGCUGGAGCUGGAGGCAGAGGACUCUUAUGUAGAGACGCCGAUGAGCCCCUCGUCCGAGGGCGAUGCGCCGUCGGCGGCCGAGCACUGCUCGGUGUGGGACUCUGACACCCCCUCCAGCGGGUCCUGCCCCGCCGGCGCGCCCGAGCCGGCCGUGCAGAUCCAGAGCGUGGGCAAGCGCACGGUCAUCCGGCAGGGCAAGCAGGUGGUGUUCCGGGACGAGGACGGCACCGGUGACGACGAGGACAUCAUGGUGGAUUCGGAUGACGACUCGUGGGACCUGGUCACUUGCUUCUGCAUGAAGCCCUUCGCGGGGCGGCCGAUGAUCGAGUGUAACGAGUGCCACACCUGGAUCCACCUCUCCUGCGCCAAAAUCCGCAAGUCCAACGUCCCCGAGGUCUACAUUUGCCAGAAGUGCCGGGACUCCAAGUUUGACAUUCGCCGUUCCAACCGCUCCCGGACGGGCUCGCGCCGGCGCUUUCUGGACUAAGGGGGUUUGGAUGGUGCCGGGGCCGGGGUGGGGGGGCUCCCCCGAACUGCUGCUGCUCAGGCUGAGGGGCCGCCCGCCGGCCCGCGGUGACCGGGAUGAGGAGAGGCCGAGUGGUCACAACUGCUGCUAGAUACGGAUUAGCUCAAGGACAGACCAAGCGGGGGUUUGCCCGCUUACAACCAUGGAUUGGGUGAUGGGGGAAUGUAUGAUCCCUUUGCCACGUACGUUUUCUCAUCCCAUCGGGAGACUGCAAACCUCCUCUGUGCUCUCCAAAGAGAGGGGGAAGAGGAGGGAGUCUGUGUGAAGAGUCUGAAAAGUAAAUGGCCAUGUGUUUUAAUUUCAGUGUAAUAUUAUCCCUGCCCGUUUGUCUGUACGUAUCAGUCUCAGAUAUUCUAAGGCUCUGUAGGGGUGUUGAUGUGUCCCAAUCUGCUGCCUCCUCCCCAGGCUCAGAGGGGAGUUCUGGGAUUUGGCAUCAUCCGAGUGAGAAUGGGACUUUGUCCUGCACCGGGGGCCGACAAGUUGUAAGGAAGAGAGCAGCCCUGUUCCAUUUGGGGUCAGCAGCAUCCGGUUCCUCCCUAGAAGGUCUCUUCUGAUGGUGCUUUCUCAUGACUUUGUUUUGCAUGAUCAGCCUGAUGUAAGGGGGAGGCUGUUUCCUCCGUUCCCUGGCCCUUUGUUAAACUCUUAAGGUGCUGUUUUAGGGCAACGAUGACUCUCCUCUUCCUCAGCCCAGAAUUCAAACAUGGACUGCAAAAGGGGCUGUAGUAAACCUAGAACCUGGCAGGUCUGCUCUGGGACUCGAUCCUUUCCAUCCGAGUACUGCAGCUGAGCUGACUUUUGUUUUCACGUGUUUUGGAGACUGGAUUUGUAAUCAAAACCCCUCAAAUCUUUAACCUAUCGGUUGCAAACGAUGCAGAUAAAAGCAGACGCGGCCCUGCAGGUAGCAAGGUGAAGUGCAAUGAAGAUCCAGCCGGUGUGGGGGAGUCCAGGAGAGUGCUGAGGCCCUUGACAGGACUUCCUGGGGAUUCCCAAGGGAAUCCUGUCGUGGAAUGUGAUGGGAGUCAGGCCUGUACAUGAGGCCAAGAUGGCAGCGCCGUUCCUCUAUGACCAGCAGUGUGUAUUGAGCAGGGGUCUCGCCAGCACAGAGCCAGGUUCCCUCCUCUGAUGCCUGCCACAGAGCUGUGGGCAGAGCAGCACCGCAGUGCCCUGGGGCCAUGCCGUAUGGGGUGCCAAAGGUCUGACAGCCUGGGGCAGAACAGGAACUGCACCAUGCCCAGCUGCUUCUGACCUGCUUCUACGUCCAAACUCUGUUCCACCAAGCUGCACCGACUGCCUCUGGGUUCUGAAACCAGCUCCUGUGAGACCUUAUGACCGUGGUGUGGUGUCCUUGAGAAGCUGCACGGAACCACUGAGGAGUUUGCCAAAGACUUGCCCCCGACUGCUCUUUCCAGCCCGCAAAAUAACCAAAGUUCUCAAAUGCUGCGGUUUCACUCUGCCAACAGAAAGGCUUCGGGCGAUGCCGGUCGCGAGCUGCACGAGGGUCAGACCUGCUCUGAAAGUUGCCAUCCCUGUGUUUACAGCGUGUCUGCAGCUCAGCCGGACCUCGGCGGAACGGGUUCCUGGAGCUCUGACAGGAGAAGUGGCGAACUGCCCAGAGAACUGGCUCUUUUCCCCUGAGGUUCGAUACUAAUCAAUGUGACUGACUCUUGUUCUGUUACCUUUCCAGAUUUAUCCCCUUGGAUGGUGUCUGACAAGUCCAGCACGUUACAAUAUCAGCAGAGAGAAACAAACAAGACUCUGCUGUUAUGAUUUACCGGUGCGUGGAGCAGUUGUGCCGGGUGGCUGCAGGACGUGAUGCCUCCAGCGCUCCUCCCUGAGCGGUACACAGAGCCAGGUAGGGAUGGGAAGUGCUGCAGACACCUCUCAUGUACUGAUGGGUGUCCCCACCCCUCCUUGCACAGGCUCUGUUACAAGGUAGAUUGUGGGAGCGACAGCCCCCGGUCCUGCUGUGGGGUUGGCACUGAGGCCCCCAACCCACCCAAGGGGUACCGGUGCCACCUCAGCUCAUGUACAUGCUCAGCCAGCCAUGCUCAGAGCAGCAGCCUUAGACCAUGGCAAGGGUAAAAGAUGGCUCGACCCUUUAGACAUGGCACUGGAUCAUAGUAGAAGCCAAUCUCUGGUUGGUUAUAGCUUCUAUUUUCAUUCCAGCUGUAAUUUUGGGCUAAACAGAGGCCCCAGAGGAGCUGCAGCUGUAAAAUGGCAGCUUCUCAGAGAGCAGAAAUGGUGGUAGUGAAAGCAGUGGUUGCUGUUCUUAGAGUCGCUUUCAAACUGUGCACUGGUAGGAAAUGAGGGGAGGAGGAGGUAGCCGGAGUGUGUUCAGCAGGAGAGACCAACCCCAGACCUGGCACCGAGGAGGAGAUGGGCAGGAUGGGGCACAGACUCCACGCAUUAGCACAGCUCAGCGGCGCUCGACGGCUACAAACACUGUGAGGAGGGCUUGAAGUGCUGCAGAAAACCUGCUGCAGCAGCUUCACGGGUGGGGAACGGCACUCAUGGUACCUGAACGGAGGGGAAAAGCAAGAGCUGAAUCCUUGGGGGUGAUCUGGCAGGACAAAACAAGCUACAUCUCAUCAUGUUCAGCAGGGCACGGGGGAAGGCUCCUGUUGGUAUUGUGAGGGAUUUUACUUUAACAAGAGCUGUAAAUUCAGGUGUUCAAAGUACAAAGUUAAGGUUCAUCUGUCACUUGCACAGAGGCUCUGGCUGAAAAGAUGAGCAUGUGUUCCCUGCCCCUUGUUCAGGUACCUGAAGCAGUUCUGGCUCUGUUACAGACGGAUGUGCCACCUCCCUUUCUAUGGCAUCCUGCAGUUUGUGCUUCUCUAUUACAGGACAUAAUGGCUGGAGCAGGAACAACGUGCUCUGCCCCUCAGAAAUGUUAAUUUUCAAGUGUAGAAACACCAUGGGGCAUCUCAAGUACCAAAGCAGCUUUCAGAAUCACAAUGCUGGCUCUCUACAUUUUAAUGCAGACUCUGCAAGCAGACACUUGUAACAGCAGAAACUACCUCAGGAAGCUGUCAGAAACAGGGACAAUUGUUUUAUUGUGCAAACCUUUUUCAUGAGAACCCUCCCCACUGUCCUUGCUGUGAUAGACACAGGGCCAGGCUGAGAUUCCUCUUUGUAAUUAGCAGUAAAUGUGUUGUUGCUAUUUUGCACUUGCUUACACAAAACACAACUCUCAGUCCUCCUCCUGGGAGUACUGUGCCAUGUCCUAGUCACUACAGGCUGGCUCUUACUCUUGGCCACAGACUUCAUGCAGUGACAGGACAUGAAAGAGGAAUUUCUCAUUCCAGUUCAGCUGUUGCACAUGCAAGCCAUCAGAGAGGUCCAUCAGCAGGACGUGACAAGGGUGCUACAGAACUCACAACCCUCACCUCUCAGGACUUGGUUUUCAAGAGCAUCCUCCAGAUGCAAAGGGAAUGUGGGCUACUUUUCAGCUGAGUAUAAUUUAUUGCACAUUUUACAUUUGAUUUCAGAUGAACAGAACACUGGUGGCAAGCAAAAUAAAGUCCUGCACCAGGAGCUGGUCACAACUGAAGAGUUUUGUUCUUAAUAAAAACACCUGAACACCC